CUCCAAAAAUUAAAAUGAUUUCAUUAGGAUUGGCUUCUAUUUACAUGGAAGUGAUGGACAACCAUUGUCGUCUUUUAUAUGAUUUAUACCUCUCGUGGUUUUGAAAUUGAUGUGGCAACUACGGUGUUCUUCGCUUCCGACCCAGAUAUGAGCUCUCUGCGAUCCUACUAUCAUUACCACACGCAUUUUCAUGUCAAUUCUUCAAAUCAUGUUGAAAAGAUCAAAAUUUUCAUCAACCUAUGUUCUCCAAAUCCUAAAAUCUCUAAACAAAACCCAAAUUUAUCCAUUUUCUACUUCAAACGGCAAUGGAAGUUGUUCAGAGUCUGAAACCGAUUGGGCGAGAUUGCUUAAACCUUUCGACAUUGAACAACUCAGGGAAUCGCUCCAUAGAAUCACCCCACUUCAGCUUCAAAAAUUACUUCACCUUCCACUUGAUGUAUCAACUUCACUUGAGAUAUUCAAUUCCGCCAGUACCCAAAAAGGCUACGCUCAUACGUUCGACGUGUAUUACGCAUUAAUCGAUAAGAUUGGAGCGGUUGGAGAAUUCAAGACCAUCGAUAGAUUGUUGAUGCAGAUGAAAGACGAAGGGAUAGUUUUUCAAGAAACCCUUUUCGUUAUGAUCAUGAGGCAUUACCAGAGAGCCGAUUUACCUGGUCAAGCCAGGAGAUUGCUUUUGGUAAAAAUGCGAGACGUUUUCUUGUGUCAACCGACCUCCAAAUCGUAUAACGCCGUUCUGGAUAUACUCGUCCAAGGAGGUUGCUUCAAAGACGCACCCAAAUUGUUCGACGAAAUGCUUGAAAGAGGCAUCCCUCCUGAUGUCUUCAGUUUUGCGAUUGUAAUGAAAGCACAUUGCUCCAUUAACGAAGUUGAUUCCGCAUGUACUCUCCUUAGACGCAUGACGAAGUAUGGAUGUGCUCCAAACUCAAAAGUUUACCAGACCCUGAUUCACGCAUUAUCCAAAGAUAAUAGAGUAGAUAAAGCGUUAACACUUUUGGAAGAGAUGAUAGUCAUGGGUUGUACACCUGAUCUUGAAACUUUCAACGAUGCUAUUCAUGCUCUUUGUAGAUCAAAUCGAAUCCAUGAAGCUGCAAAAUUAAUGGAUAGGAUGCUUCUUCGUGGGUUCACUCCAAAUGCCCUAACUUAUGGGGUUCUAAUCCAUGGAUUAUGUCGAAAUAAGCAAGUGGAAGAAGCUAAAACCCUAAUUACUAGAGUUCAUGAACCAAAUAGCAUCAUGUACAACAUGUUAGUAAACGGGUUUAUUGCAAAAGGGCAGUUUGAUGAAGCUAAAGCAAUUGUGAGUGAAAAGAUGUCCAUUAAUGGCUGUCAUCCUGAUAUUCAUACAUACACUUCACUCAUUCAUGGUCUUUGCAAAACUGGGCAUUUGGUUUCAGCUCAUGAUUUGAUGAAAGAAAUGGAAUCAAAAGGUUAUGAACCCAACACAAUCACUUACACAAUCUUGAUUGAUGGAUUUUGUAAGAAUCAAAGAUUUGAUGAAGCAAGUGAGGUGAUUCAAGAAAUGUCACAAAAGGGGUUGAGUUUAAACACAAUUGGAUACAAUUCAAUCAUACAUUCGUUAUGUAAGUAUGGUGAUGUCUAUAAAGCUGUAAACUUGUUUGAAGAAAUGCGUAUGAAUGGAUGCAAACGCGACAUUUUCACUUUCAAUUCACUAAUAUUUGGGUUAUGUGAGAUUGAAAUGAUUCAACAUGCAUUGAGAAUGUGUCGAAAAGACAUGGUGUUGGAAGGUGUUGUUGCGGAUACUGUAACUUACAACACUUUGAUUCGUUCUUUUCUUAAACAAGAGAUGGAGCUGUUGAAAAAGCAUUCGAUGUUUUUGGGAAGAUGA